CUCUCGACCCCAACUUCAUCUCCUGUCUUCCAAACUCUGCCUGUCUCGUCGCCGGUCGCUGUCACGAACCCCGCCACUCCGAGUGCGGCACCAAUUGCGGGCGGAAGGCCCAGAAGCCCACGAUUGUGAAGCCUCUCCACUGGGCAGGCGAAGAUGCCACCGAAGAAGGCCAAGGGUAAGAAGGCCGCUGCGGCGACGCCAGCCCUCGAUGGCUGCAAACUGGCGCUCAGCGGAACAUUUAUGGGGUUAUCGCAUGUCAUGAUCAAGGCCAAGGCAGAAAAGCUCGGGGCCGCCGUGCGCAGCACCGUGACCGACGACACGACCCACCUCGUCGUCACCGAAAGCGACUACAAGAAGCCGUCACCCAAGGUUGCACAAGCCCAGAAGCUGGGUAUUCACAUUGUCAGCUUGGAGUGGCUGCUCCGUAGCGAGCAGAACGGUGCCCGAGAACCAGAGAAAGACCAUGUGCCCGGGGCGUCGGCCAAGAAGGACGCGGGCCCGACGGAUGCUGGCAAGCCGACGUCAUCCCAGAAUGGUGACACGGCAUCCACGAGCAGCCGGACGCGGAAGCGAACCUCUCGCCAAGUUGCGGACAAUGCCUCCGACAACGAGGCCGAGCCAAAGGCCAAGAGGACGAGAGGGCGCAAGACAACCGCGGCCAAGGCGGACGACGUUGUCGGCGCCAACGAUGCCGGCGCCGACGAAGCCAGUGCCAAUGACGCCGAGCCAGAGGACGAGAAGAAGGCCAAGCCCAAGGCCGAGCGUACGGUGGGCGAUGGCCAAGUUGCCAAGCGCAAGGACCUCCAGAUCCCGCUUGACGAAGGAUGUGUCUUUGUGACAUCUAAGGUCUACAUUGAUGACUCGGGGGUGAUCUGGGACGCUUCGCUGAACCAGACUAAUGCGUCGCACAACAGCAACAAGUUCUAUCGCAUCCAGCUUCUGGUGGACCCGAGCGGGACCUACAGGACGUGGACGCGCUGGGGUCGAGUCGGUGAGCGGGGGCAGGUCGCCUGCGCGAGCGUUAGCAGCGUUGACGACGCCAAGCGGAUGUUCGAGAAGAAGUUCAAGGAGAAGUCCGGCCUGCUUUGGAGUCAGCGCGGUGAGCCCCCCAAGCCAGGCAAGUACGCCUUCGUGGAGAAGAACUACGACGAGGAAGAUUCGGACGAGGAAGGAGAGGCGGACGGAGCCGAAGCGGAGGAAAAGAAGGCAUCCAGCCGGGAGCCGGCCAAGUGCACGCUGGAGCCUGCCGUGCAACGGCUCAUGGAGCUCAUCUUCAACCAGCAGUACUUCGAUGCCACCAUGUCGUCCCUCAACUACGACGCGAACAAGCUGCCGCUCGGCAAGCUGAGCAAAGCGACCAUCAUGCGUGGUUUCCAGGCGCUGAAGGACCUCUCGGCCCUCAUUGACGACCCUUCCCUGGCUGCGAGCUACGGCAUGGCGCACGGGGCGGCCGUCGAGCAUCUCUCCAACACGUUCUACUCGCUCAUCCCCCAUGCGUUCGGCCGGAGACGGCCGCCGGUCAUCAACAACCAGCAGAUGGUUAAGCGGGAAAUAGAACUUCUCGAGAACCUGAGCGACAUGAAGGAUGCGGCGCUCAUCAUGAAGACGGACAAGUCUGCGGAGGACGACAUCCACCCGCUCGACAAGCAGUACCAGGGCCUCAAGAUGCAGGAGAUGACGCCGCUGGAUCCGACAAGCGAAGAGUUCAAGCAGCUAGAAGCGUACUUGCACGAGAGCCGCGGGGCGACGCACGGCCAUUCGUACAUGAUCGAGACCAUCUUCCGCAUCGAGCGCCAGGGCGAGCACGAGAGAUUCGACAACAGCGUGUUCGGCAAGAUGGCGCAGAACCGCCGCCUGCUGUGGCACGGCUCGCGCUGCACCAACUUUGGCGGCAUCCUCAGCGCCGGCUUGAAGAUCGCUCCGCCCGAAGCGCCCGUGUCGGGCUACAUGUUCGGCAAGGGCAUCUACCUCGCCGACAUGUCGUCCAAAUCGGCCAACUACUGCUGCUCGUACUUGUCCGGCGGCACGGCCCUGCUCCUGCUCUGCGAGGCGGAGCUGGGCGACCCCAUGCAGGAGCUGAUCGACGCCUCGUACAACGCUGGCGAGGAUGCCAAAAAGAAGGGCAUGGUCGCGACCUGGGGUCAGGGCCGCAUGGGCCCAAAAAAGUGGAAGGAUGCCAGCUGCGUGCACCCAUCUUUGGCUGGCGUGAAGAUGCCCGACACGUCCGUCCCGCCCGGAGAUACCAAUGUCCCAGGCGCCGGGCUGUGGUACAACGAGUACAUUUGCUACGACGUUGCGCAGAAACGGACGGCAAACACGUGCGUGACUUGUCGGGUGCGCAAGGUCCGCUGCGACGGGAAACGGGGCAUCUGCACGAACUGCCAGCGGCUCGGAUUCGCCUGCUCGUACGACGGGAAUGUCGGCGUCGAGGUCGUGCCGGGCGAGAGCCGCGGGGCCGCCAUCUCGGUGCCGCGCCGCCGUGUGCGCCAGGCCUGCGAGAACUGCCACGCCAGGAAGGCCCGGUGCAACGGCGCCGUGGUUUGCGACCGAUGCCGCGCCCAGGGCCUGGAGUGUGUCUACCGGCCGGGGAAGCGGUCGCUGCCGCUGACGGUGCCGCGCCCGGCGGCCCCGCUUGCGGAUCCCAUCGCUGCGCCCGCGCCCGCGGCUGCUGCUCCGUCUCCCGGCGGGGCCAUGCACGAUGACGUGCCCAUGGGCUACGGCACCUCCAGCAGCACGGCCAGCCCGGUCGCGACCGGCGCCGAACAGCUGGACCCCGACGACGCGCUUGCCCUGCGCGCCUUCGACAGCUUCUUCCGUCACAUCCACCACGUCGCCAUGUUCUCCUUCCUGCACCGCCCCUCGCUCAUGGAACGCUACCAUGCCGGGUUGCUGGACCGCGCGCUUGUCCUCGCCCUGGUCGGCAUCACGUCGCUGUUGACCGACCUCGGCCCCGGUAUGGUGGAGUACGGCGACCGCUGCAUCGACGAGGCCGUGUCCCUGUGCCUUUCGGCGCUCGAGAAGCCCACCGUCCCUCGGUUGCAGGCGCUGGUUCUGGCCAUCAAGCACCGGAUCCUGUCGAAGCGCUUCUCGGGCGCCUUCAUGCUGCACGCCAUCGCCAGCCGCUUCGCCACCGCGCUGCGGCUGAACCACGAGAACACAGAGCUCUGCUUCCUCGCGCGGGAGGCCCGCCGCCGCGUCAUGUGGUCCAUCUACAUGAUCGACGCGUCCAUCUCGGUUGGCCAGCCCGAGUUCGCCCUCUGGCCCGAUGCCGAGCACCAGAUCCACCUGCAGCUCCCCUGCAACGAGCGCAACUUUGACUUUGACCUACCCGAGCCGACGGAGCCGCUGCGGCCGCCGGGCCCGGACGCGGGCGGCGUCGUCCCGCCGUUGCCGGAUGUCCUUGGGCUCGUGGCGCUGCACAUACGCCUCCACUGGAUGCGCACGCGCAUCCUGCACUGCACCUCGAGGGCGGCCGCCUCGCCUUCGGCGGACAUGCUGGCCAUGCUGCCGAGCCAGCUGGCCGAGCUCGCUGCCGAACUGGACGUGUUCGAGGCGAGGCUGCCCGUGUCGUUCCGCGGGACCGAGGCCAACUUUCGCCUCCGCAGCUACUCGUCUAGGCUCGGAAUCUUCAUCAUGACGCACGUCUGGUGGAGGCAAUGCCAUCUCGAUCUUUACCGUCUGUUUCUCCCGGGCCUGAGGGAGGCACUCGCCCCGGAUGCCCUGCGGCGGCUGGAUCCCCGCUUUGUCGCGCACAAGCGCCGGAGCUGCUACGAACACGCCAGGGCCAUGGCCGACAUGUUCUCGCAACUGCUGAGCCUCAGCCACGGGAGCAGCAGCACUCCCGUCGCCGACCUGGACCUGCCGGCCUGCGCCUUCCAGUGUGUCAGAGUGUUGUACCACGGCUUGCAAACCGACGCGGCUGAAUCGGGUCUCACGCCGGAGAGUGUGCGGGAACUUGCCGCAGUCUGCCUCCGCGCUGCUCGGCAAUCGACCCGGGGCCCGGCAUCUGCCAGUGUGCAAGCAGACAUCGAAAGGCUCAUUGAAAACGGCCUGGUGCUGCCCGAGAUCCCUCCACCUAGUUUACCGGGCCGCCCUCGCGGUCUGGGAGGCGGAUUGGAGGCGCCGUACCUGGCACCGCAUGCGCCCAUCUCCGCCAGCACGGACAACAUGCCGCUUGGGGUGAUGGCUCCGGCUCCGUCUCCGGCGCCGUCUCCGGGGCCCCAGACGGCGCGCAGCGGAGGAGGGGUUCCGAUGACGCUGCCGGCAACGACGCUCUCCCCCAUGGCGGGGCUAGGCUUGUCCAUGGCGGAGACGGCCAUGCCUGCUGCUGCUGCGACUGCUGCCGCUACCGCCGGAGUGGCACCUUCCCAGGCCAGCGCAACGACCAGUGCGAGCAACGCGUUUGAGGAGGUGGCUGACGAAUUCAACUUUGGCCCUGAGCUGUUUGGGAUGGAGUCGUGGUCGGCAUUUUCGCACGGCUGGAUGACCGAGAUGGGAGGCAGUAGCAGUAUCUCAUGA